UGGGAUUGAAGCAAAGUUUUCUCCUCAUCCAUGCCCCAACUGGACCCUAGACUGGACCAGUCUUCCCUCUGCAGUCAGUCCUGGGGAAGGAAAGAUGUCUAGAGACCGGGCUCUCAGGAAGCAGCAGCAGCUGAAUAAUUUGGUAGCAGCAGUGACAAAGCUCGCCAAACCUGGAGAUUUGAUUGUGGAUUUUUGCAGUGGAGGGGGCCAUGUUGGAAUUGUUCUUGCUUAUAUGAUGCCAUCAUGUCAGGUGGUACUCAUAGAAAAUAAGGAGUUGUCUCUGAUCCGUGCUAAAGACAGAAGUGACGAACUAGGAUUAAACAACAUUUGGUUCAUUCAAGCAAAUUUGGACUAUUUUAAUGGGGCUUUUAACAUUGGGGUGGCCCUGCACGCCUGCGGGGUGGCCACAGACAUGGUGAUUGAGCACUGCCUUAGGGCACGGGCAGCCUUUGUCAUCUCCCCCUGCUGCUAUGGCUUCAUUCAAAACACAGUCAAGUUCAAAUAUCCACGAAGUCGUCAGUUCAAAGAAAUUUUGUCCUACAAGGAGCACAUGAUCCUUUGCAGAUUUGCAGAUCAGACAGCUGUUCAACUUCCGCCUGAACGUAGGCUAAUUGGAAAGCAGUGUAUGGGACUUGUGGAUCUGGAUCGGGCAUGGGCUGCAGAAGAACAUAACUACUCUGUCCAAGUUAUAUCUAUGGAGCCAGAGAGUUGUUCUCCCAAGAACAAUAUGUUUGUGGGCAUCCCUACUUAGAGUGUGAAACUUGCCUUCGAUUUGAAGCUGAACAUAAAUCUUCAGUGAAUAAUGACAUCCAGCAGAUAGAGGCAGUGCUGGGAACCAGACAUCCCACAUCUUGAACACAUUGCCUUCGGAAAGGGAAGCAGCCCCCAAAGUCCUAAAAAGCAAACUGCAUGCAGAGCAUCACAAAUCAACUUGUAAUGUGUCAUUAAGCAACUUUUGGUUCUCAUACUGAGAAGUUUCUGGAUCUAAUGACUGUGCAUGGAAUUAUAUCCAUCUGUAAAAGUUUAGGAGAAACUGGCUUUGUUGAAGGAAAGGUGAUUUCCUUUUCAGUAAAGCUGUGUGUCUUGGCUGCUUGGAAAUUGCAUUCGUGGUCAAAACAGCAUUUGUGUUCAUAAGCACAGCAGUUAUCAGCCAGCACUGCUUAUCACCAGAGGAACAGAGAAGGUGAAAUUUAUUGUGUUACUGAAGAUGACUGUGCAAUAGGUGGUGGCCUGACUUUGCUAAAGAAUUUCAUACUACUGUAGGAAGAUUAUUUUUAAUGAAAGUACAUCAGAAUACUUUGGGCCUCAAUCUGCUUAUUAAAAGUGUAUUCUAACUUGCCAAUAUGUUUUUUUAAAGACCUUAGAAUUACCUUUAAAUAUUAUGCAAGGAUUCUGUAACCAGGCAUUUGACAUUGGGUUUAGAGAAAUCAAACUCCUCAUUAUCCAUUGACCAGGAAGUGGGAGCUAGACAUGAUGUUAAUGAUUGGUUACUUCACUGUUGCAUUGGUAAUAGAAGUGUGUUGAUUCAGAUUCCCAUUCAAAAGAAACUUGCUGUCAGAAGAAAUAUUUAAGAACAGUUCAUGUCUACAUACAUCAUCUUCAUUGAUUUUAUAUUCAGUUUAAAAUUUGACCAAAGUUGCAGUGUGGAACCAUUUGCAAAGAUAAUCAGUUACACUGCUCUAAAAUGAAAAUAAGCGUUCUCCUGUGCUCCAUUUCCCCCUAAUUUUAAAUCACCUGUUGACACAAACACAAUGGAAGAUAGCUCCAAAUAAGAUUUUUAAUGCAUGUUUAGGGGUAUACACAUCUGUGAAUUCUGCCAUGUUUCAGUUUAAAUAAUCUGUUCAAAACUCUGAAUAUAGUUUCAAGACAUGGCAAACUGAAUUACAAACAAUAGGUAUUAGAGAAAAAAAAAAGCAUCCAAAAAUAUUUUUUUAUUCAUGAAAUUUAGAUGUCUAAAAGAUCUAAAUACUUGGGCAUUUUUUAAUAUGAACAUAUGGAAUGCUACUCACUUAUUUAAAAAGCACAAAAGUGAGUAAGUAGGAGUGGAUUACUACCUUUAGCCUGAGUUCUUCUGUAAAUAAUGAUGGAAUACUUUUUCUAUGACCAUUUGUGGUUAAAGGAGUAACUGGAGUUUUGAAGAAUGUGUGGCAAAUACAAAAUGCAUGGUGAUAGCAGUUGUCUCCAGUUUUCUGCAAUACUUGCUGCUGCUGGCUGUGCUGCCCCUGUGGAAACUAGGAAAU